AUGGGCGGCGUACUGGCGAAGGUUUUCGCUGGUGUGACGGAAGGUCUGAGCGUCGAACGGAUAAGAGGGAAUCACGACGCGCAGGAGCCGGGGGAAAAUGCUCGCGGGGAAAUGGCUGGCGGAAGGGUGGAGGCGGAAGACAGCGGGGGGAAGGUGGAGGGGAGUGGGGGAGAGAUGGCGGUGGCGGAGGAGUGGGGGGAGCUGUGGAAGGGGUGUGGCGGAGGGGAGGGCGGGGAAGUGGGGGGCGAGACAGAGGAGAUGGACUGGGCGGGGGAUGGAUGGCUGGCGGAUACUCAGAUCGUGGGGGAGGACGAGGAGACGCAGGUGUAUGGUUAUGGUGGGAGUUGGAGCCCUAGUAAAUGUGGGAAUGAAAAGGAAAAGGAAAAGGAAUUUGAUUUGAGUUUGGUUGUUGCUAGGGGGGGACCAGAGAAGGUGACAGGGAAAGGGUUAGCGAGGGGUGGAGGACAGGCGGAGGGCGAGCUGGGGGAAAGAUUAGAGCAGGGGCGAGGGGAGGAGAGGCAAGAGGGAGAGAGGCGAGAGGGAGAGAGGCGAGAAGCGGAGAGGGGAGAUGAGGAGAGACGAGAAGCAGGAAAGAAGCAAGAGGAGGGGGAACGGAAAGAGGAAACGGAAGUGGAAGGGGUAGAGCAGAGGGGAGGAGAGGAGGAGACAGAUAAGGGGGUGAACCGAGAAAAGGGUGGGAAGCAAGGAGAGGAGGGGCAGGAAGAGGAGGAAGAAUCACCUGUGAGCUUCAAAGGCAGAGGUAGGGGAGGAGGGAAGGGAAGAGGGCGAGGGAGAGGCGGAAGGAGGGGCGGGGGACGCGGAAGUGGCAAGGGGAGGAGUUUAGAAAGGGUUGUGCUCGGGACGGGGAAGGCGGUUGUGGAGGGCGGGGAGGAGGAAGCAGCAGCAGGCGAGGACACGCAGGUGGACGCCCUCGGUAUAGUCACGCGCCUGCUGGGCUCCGACAGCCAGCACAGCAGCGACGUGCUUCUACCGGGCGGUGCACUGGGCGGGCUGCUGCUGGGGGGAAUGGGCGGAGGCAUGGGGGGAGCGGCUGGGGGCGAGAAGGGGGGUAACAGCAAGGGCAGUGGGGCAGGAGGUACGAGCAAAGGAAGGGAGGUACCCAGCUGGGCUAACUGGCUCAAGCCGGUGGGGAAGGCAGGAGGAGGGACGGUGGCUGACGGGCACGUGGGUGUUUCCGGUGUGCAGCAGCCGUUGAAGGCUGUUCUGAGGGAGGAUGGGGUGGACCCGUACGCGCUUCCUUACAGUGAGGACCCGGACGAGGGGGGGUGUUGGGGCAAGGGCGGAGUGGGUGAGGCGGAGAGGGGGGCGGAAGGAGGGAAGGCUAGUGGAGGGCGGAAGGGAGGGGAUAAGGGAGAUGGGGUGGAGGAAGAGGAGUUGGAAGAGGAGGAAGAAGCUCGAAAAGUGAAGGGGAAGAGGACGCGUGGAAGUGCAAGAGGUAAGGGAAGAGGAGGAGGAAGAGGGAGAGGAGGGAGAGGAGAGGGGAAGACAAAGGGGAGGGGCAAAGGGGCGAAAGGGGCAGGUAGCGAAGAGGGUAUAGAAGAAGAGAAAGGGGAGGAAGAGGAGGCGGAGGGGAUGGGGCAGAAGGGCAGAGGGGGGAAGAAUGGCAGGUCAGGGACGGGCGGGCGUGGGGCAGGUGCAGCAGGGCAAGGGGGGAAGCGAGGGAGAGGCGCAGGGAAGGGUGCAAGUGCAAGUCCGAGCCACGGGCUGGAUAGAGAGUAUUUCUUGAAGCUGAGUCAGCUGCAGGAGGAGGAGGAAGAGGAGGAGGAGAGGAGGGGGAAGAGAAGACGGUUGUCAAAGUCUUGGAGAGCAGGAGAGGGCGUUGGAGGAGAGGAGAAGGAGAAAGGGGUGCCGCAGAUAGAGGAGAGGGAUGAGAGCGAGGAGAGAGCUGGGAUGGAAGAGAAAGCAGUGGGAGCGCAAGAGGGCGAAGUUCCUCCUGAAGGUGAGGAGACAGGGCUGCAACAUCCGAGGUUGGGGGAGUCUGCUCCCUUGGAAAGCCAGGAAGGAGGACCGCUGAACCCAAGCCUGGGCGAAGCAGCUGGUGUGGAGAAUGCGGGUCUGAGCGAGCCAGUUCCUGUGGGAGCAGCAGGCGGGCAGGUGCAGGGAUCAGAAAACGCGGACGGUAUGCCCUUUGAUUCCCAGGCGGUUUGGAUGGACUCGCAAGCGGUGGAGAUGGGUGCGGGGGGGAGCCUGGGCGUGCAGGUGAGCCUGGGGGAGGUGUUAACUGCGGAUCUGGAGAUGUCCCAGCGGUGGACGGAGGGGGGAGGGGGCGGAGGAGGGAGUGAGGAGGGGGGUGAGAGGGUGGAGGAGAAGGAGGGAGGGGAUGAAAGGAAGGUUGAUGGGGAUGAGGGCAAAGGUGGAAAGGAGGGCAAGGAUGGUGGGGAGGGGAAAGAGGAUGGUGAAGAGAGGGGCAAGGGUAGAGAGGCGAGGGGCAACGUGAGUGGGAAGUCGGAUGCAGGUUUGGCUUCAGUGGAAAGCGGGGAAGGUGAUGGAGUGAAUAAGGACGGGGAAGAGGAAGGAGGGAGGGGAAAUAGUGAGAGGGAGGUGAAGAGAAGGCGAGUGGGGAGUGGUUUGAGCACUGAAGGAGUGGAAGGAGGGGGAAGAGGGAGGAAAAGUCCAGAGGUAGAGGGAGCAGGGGAGGCAACAGAGGCGGGGGGAGAAGCAGAGGCCGGGGGAGCAGCAGAGGCCGGGGGAGCAGCAGAGGCCGGGGGAGCAGCAGAGGCCGGGGGAGCAGCAGAGGCCGGGGGAGCAGCAGAGGCCGGGGGAGCAGCAGAGGCCGGGGGAGCAGCAGAGGUUGGGGGAGCAGCAGAGGCCAGGGGAGAAGCAGAGGCCGGGGGAGCAGCAGAGGCCGGGGGAGCAGCAGAGGCCGGGGGAGCAGCGGGGACAAAGGCGUCAGCAGAGGCAGGAAAGGAAACUGAGGAAGGGGGAACAGUAGGAGCAAGCGCGAGAGCAGCGGGGGCAGCCAGGACUGAAGCAGCUGCAGUGGGUGGUAUGGCUGGUGAUAUUGCUUGUGCGUUCUCCCCCGUGGGUGAAGACACACAGAUUGCCCUUGACGCUCUUGACCUCAUUCUCGUGCAGGAGGAGGGGAUGGGGGAGGAGGAGAAGGGGGAGGGGGAGGGGAAGGUUGAGGAAGCAGAGGAGGGCGGGAGAGGGAAGAGGAGAGCAGCUGGGAGAGGCAAGGGAAGAGGAAAGGGGAGAGGGCAAGGGAGAGGCGUGGGGAGAGGGAAUGGAAGAGGGAAGGGAGGAAGAAGAGGGGUAGUGCGGGAGGAAAGCAAGAGUGAAGCAGGUGAGUUGAGUGCUGUGGCAUCAGUGGCAGAGGUGGAAGGGCUGGUGGGACUGGAAAGAGCAGUGGAGGAGGAAGGGGAGCAGGGAGGGGGAGGUGCAACAGUGGAAGAAGGGAAAAAGGGUGGAAAGGAGGUGGAUGGGGAAGGGGAGCAGAGCAGGGCGACUGGGUUGGAAUCAGGCGGGGGAAGAAUGGACGCCCCUUCUGCUGCUGCUUCUGCUCCAGCAACAGGCGUAGACGCCCCUUCGGCUGCUGCUGUUCCAGCACCAGGCGUCUCUACAGCUGCCGCAACAGCAACAGUCGCCACUGCUUCUGCCACCAGGACCAGGGGAGGCAGGCGAGCAGCAGGCAGCAGUCGAAUGACCCAAGGGUUGGUGGCCUGCCAGGUGAAGCGAGCGGUUAAGAGGGGGGAUGGUGGUCUGAACGACGGGGCCGUAGCAGAGGGGAAUGGCGGGGAGAGAGGAGAGGGAGGGUGCAAGAAGGGAGAUCGCGGAAGGGGGGAGGAGGAGGAUGGAGAAGGGGAGGGGGCGGUGGGGAACCGGGGGAAGAAAGUAAAGGGGAAGCCAGAGGGGAAGGAAGGGAGGAAGCACGAGGGGAAGGAGGGGAGGAAAUUAGAGGUGGAGAAGGGAGGGAAGAAACAAGUGCGGAAAGAGGGGAAGAAGCAAGAGGGGAAGGAAGUGAAGAAUCAAGAGGGGCAGGUGGCAGUUGCUGGUGGUGAUAGUGUGAGUGGGAGGAAGAGGAGAAAGACGUCUCUCGGGCUGCAUGAUGGCUUCUAUGAGCUUUUGGAGUCGAGUGAGAGUGAGAAAGGGAGUGAUAAAGGGACUGAGAAAGGGAGUGAGGAAGAGAGUAAGAAAGGGAGUGAGGAAGGGAGUGAGAAGGGGGGUGAUUCUGCGAGUGAUGUGGGGAGUGAUGAGAGUGAGGAGGAAGAUGAGGCAAAGGCGAGGAAAAGGCAGAAAGGCUCGACUGCUGGAGGCAAGCAGAUGAGGAAGAAAGGCGAGAAGGCGAGGGAUAGGGAGGUGGAGCAGAGGGGGUCAGAGAGGGUACAGGGAGGUAGAGAGAGGCAGCAGAGGGGAAAGGCAAAGGCGGAACGCAAGGCACGCGCGGAGAGCAAGGCACGGGCAAGUGCGCAGAGAUUGGAGGAGCUGAGUGGGGCAAAGGCACGGACGGGGAGUAAGAGUGAAGGGAGUGAGGAGGAGGAGGGGCAGGCAGAGCUGAAAGAGAGUAAGCGGAAGGGGAGAGUGGAGCAGGGGAAGGGAGUGGUGGAAAGUGAAGGAACCGGGGGGGAUGAUGCGUCCAGGGUAGGGAGGAGCACGAGGGGCAGGCGCCAGGGAGGCCAGAGAGUGUUGGCAACAGAAGGGGAUGGGGUGGAGCAGAAGAAAGCGAGUGGUUGUAAAGAAGAAAUUGGAGGAGAAAGGGAAGGAGAGCAGAGAGAUAGAGAGGGGCAGGAAUGGGUCGAGGAAGUCGGAUUUCCAGGGAGGGCGAGAAGAAGACGGAGCAGCAGCGGUGCAGCAGGGUCUCAUCGCACCGGGUUGCAUGGUUUGUCUCCAGUGCGGGUACUGUUCAGCCGAUCCCUGGACGGCGACAUGAUCGCUGAGCUGACGAAAGUAGUGGAGAGGCUGGGAGGAGACGUUGUGUCUGAUACCUCCCCUGCCACCAUCACCACUGCCUCUGCGCUCUCCUCCUCCUCCUCAUCCUCCUCUCCUGUGGUUGCUUCUGCUGCCCCUGCUGCUUCCAUCUGCACUCAUUUUGUCUCGGCGCCGCAAAUCACCCGCUCGAUUAAUCUCCUCGUUGCUAUCUCCAGGGGCUGCCACGUGUGCACUGCUGAUUGGCUGCAUGCGUGUGCGAAGGCACGGGGGUUUGUGGAUGCGGGGGAGUAUGGAGUGAGGGACAGGCGGAAGGAGAGGGAGAUGGGGUUCAAGCUGGGGGAGGCGGUGGGGAGGGCGAGGGAGAGAGGGGUGCUGGAGGGGCAGAGGGUGUUUGUUACGCCCAACACCACGCCCGAUGCUCACUCCCUUGCUGCUGUUGCAGCUGCAGCUGGUGCUGAGGUGAUGCCAUCUUUGUCUGCCAGCAGUGCUCCCACGGUGAUCGUCUCAUGUCAAGCUGACAAACCUAUGUGGGAAGUCCAAGCGUUGAAAGGCGUGCCUGUAUUUUUACCAGAGUUUCUUCUGACUGCAGCAAUGCGCCAACAGCUAGACUGGGGCAG